UUUUUUUUUUUUUUUUUUUUUUUUUUCUUUUUUCCCCUUUUCUGAAUUUUUGUUUUUAGUGCCCUUCUCCCAAAGGGUCAUAGAUGGUGUUCCUAUUCCCCCUUUUGAGAUUUUUCAGUCAAUUCAAGUCCUUUCCUUCAACCCUCUGGGCCAAGUGAAGGUAGCUUUUUCUCUUUUUUCAGAUUUGUAGUGAGCCUCUCAGCCCUAACUUAUUAAAGCUCUUUGAAAGUAUUGGACUCAAUGUAGGUUUUCUGUAUUUUUUUUAAAUUUAAAGUACAAAAAAAUCUCUAUUAAUUACUUUUUGACGGCUUCAUGAAUAUACAUUUUUUACAUUUAGUUUGCUUAUUACAUUUUUCUCCAUUAUAUAUCAGUCUUAGUCCUAAUGUCCUUUGUGUUACCUUGACCUUUUUACCAGAGGUCAGCCCUUCCCCUUUCAGGAAGAAAGGCUGGAGUUUAUUCUGUGAAAAAAAAUUUUUGUAGUCAUUAUUGGACCUUGACCCUUGCAUUUUCAUAUAGUUGACUUUGGAGGGAAAAUGCUGGCUCGGUCUUUGAGGAAUAUAUGAACUGAUGAGACACUAGUUAAUAUUUUCAGUGCAAAAGAUAAGAUGGUUUCUAACCUAACCACUGUACUCCAGUAUUAUUGAUGAGUGCCCAAUGAGAAGCUUUAGGUGUCAGUUUACUGUCAGUACAGUUACUGCUGGUGUGGGUGUUGUUUUUUUCCCCCUUGUAACUUUAUAACUUUGCCCAUUUUGGAGAGGGUUCCCUGGGUUGGGGUAAUCUGGAGAUGUGGAGUUGUCCCACUGGUUACAGGCCAUCUUAUUUUGUGCUUUGGGGGGUUAAGGAGUGGGGAGGAGCAUCAGGGAGUCACAAUCUCCCCUGCUCUGUCGCUCCACCCCCCGCGCGCUUGCUGAGGAUUGGUGGAGUGUGCGCGCUCAGAGCUGUCUUCCUGACCUUUCAGUGAUGAACAAUUAGUGCCUAAACAUAGCUAGACAAGACUUUCAUAAACUUUUACCAAGUUAGUCUUUUUACUGCUGUAAAUGAUAAAUACAAUGCUAAGUGGUUAUCUAUUCUGAUAUCCACUGCCGUUUUUAAUAACAUGCUAAACUGUGAAGGGUCCAGAUACUUCGUUAAGUGCCUUAAAGUGGUCCAAGCUGUGUCAGGCAGACAGCUCACAUUCUGCACUCCACCGCCUGCGUCAGAUGCUGGGUUAGAAAGACAGAUGCACGCGCAGCAACAGCGAUGACCUCUUUAUUUCAGAGCUGUGGAGGCUUCUAGAUACAAAUAAUUACACCACAGACUUCUCUCCCUAUUUCAUUGGCCAGGAUUCAAGAAAGCAGGCCAGGAUAAAGAAAUCAAAGCUUUAAACUAUUUCAUGAAAAUGUUAAAAAGAAAACAAAAGUAAUGAUUGAUACUUCUUACCUUUUCUUGUAAAGAUGUAAUAUUAUUCCCAAAGAAAUGGGAUCAGUUCAUUUGGGCAAGAUCAAGCCAGUAACUGCCCUCCUGUAGUUUGAUAUGAAAACUGGAUUAAAGGACAUCUAUAUCUAGUUAAUAAACUGAACAAAUCAAAGCCUUUCUUCCCUCCCACUCACCCAUAGAACUUUUUUUUCGUUUUCUCUAAAAUGAAAAAUUCAUUGCAUGAAUGAAAACCAAGGCUAUUUUUAUGUAUUUUGUGAUUUGGAAGAGCCUGUAUUAUUUCCAUAAUAAGAAAAGAAUGUAUUGUUUGAGAACUCUUACUAACGAUCUUGUUUUCUGAUUUUGUCUCUUUUGGUUUUUCCACAACUGAUAUUGUUAUUUAGAAGGUUUCAGGUGGGUGACACUAUUCCUGCGUAGGUGCCUGGCGGAAAGGAACACUAGGGCAGCCUCAGUCCUCUCCUCUUCUUCCAGCCAGCUGCGGCCACCACUCUGACAAAGUCCAAAAAUAUGGCUUGUUACCUGAAAGCCAUUGAGACUCAACCCAACUUUGCAGUGGCUUGGAGCAACCUGGGCUGUGUGUUUAAUGCCCAGGGAGAGAUAUGGCUGGCCAUACAUCAUUUCGAAAAGGCAGUGACUCUGGACCCAAACUUCCUUGAUGCAUACAUCAAUUUAGGAAAUGUUUUGAAGGAAGCUCGCAUCUUUGACAGAGCUGUGGCUGGAUAUCUGAGAGCCCUGAGUCUAAGCCCCAACCAUGCAGUUGUCCAUGGAAACCUGGCCUGUGUCUACUAUGAACAAGGCCUUAUUGACCUUGCUAUUGACACCUACCGUCGCGCUAUUGAGUUGCAGCCCCAUUUCCCUGAUGCCUACUGCAACUUGGCAAAUGCCCUGAAAGAGAAAGGCAAUGUAUCUGAAGCAGAAGAAUGCUACAACACAGCCUUGCGUUUGUGUCCAACCCAUGCAGACUCCCUUAACAACUUGGCCAAUAUCAAGCGUGAGCAGGGCAAUAUUGAGGAAGCAGUUCAGCUCUAUAGAAAAGCUCUGGAGGUGUUCCCAGAGUUUGCAGCAGCUCAUUCCAACCUGGCCAGUGUUCUUCAGCAGCAAGGCAAACUCCAGGAGGCCCUUAUGCACUACAAGGAGGCCAUCAGAAUCAGUCCCACAUUUGCUGAUGCCUACUCAAACAUGGGCAAUACACUAAAGGAAAUGCAAGAUGUACAGGGAGCACUCCAGUGCUACACUCGUGCCAUCCAGAUCAACCCUGCCUUUGCUGAUGCUCACAGCAAUUUGGCCUCAAUUCACAAGGAUUCUGGAAACAUCCCAGAAGCCAUUGCAUCAUACCGUACAGCCUUGAAACUCAAGCCUGACUUCCCUGAUGCUUAUUGCAACCUGGCCCAUUGCCUACAGAUUGUAUGUGAUUGGACAGACUAUGAUGAGCGGAUGAAGAAACUUGUGAGCAUUGUUGCAGACCAGCUGGACAAGAACCGUUUGCCUUCAGUGCAUCCUCACCACAGCAUGCUGUACCCACUCUCUCAUGGCUUCCGCAAGGCUAUUGCUGAACGCCAUGGGAACCUUUGCCUGGAUAAGGUACACGCAAUGAUCAAAAUUAAUGCGCUGCACAAGCCUGCUUUUGAGCAUCCCAAAGAUCUGAAAGCCAGCAGUGGGCGUCUGCGCAUUGGCUACGUCAGCUCUGACUUUGGCAACCACCCUACUUCCCACCUGAUGCAGUCCAUUCCUGGAAUGCACAAUCCAGAGAAAUUUGAGGUGUUCUGCUAUGCGCUUAGCCCUGAUGAUAGCACCAACUUCCGUGUGAAGGUAGUAGCUGAGGCUCAUCACUUCACAGACCUCUCACAGAUUCCUUGCAAUGGUAAGGCAGCUGACCGUAUUCAUCAGGAUGGAGUCCACAUUCUGGUCAACAUGAACGGAUACACUAAGGGAGCCCGAAAUGAGCUUUUUGCCCUCCGACCCGCUCCUAUUCAGGCCAUGUGGCUUGGUUACCCUGGAACCAGUGGGGCUCCCUUCAUGGACUACAUCAUCACUGACAAAGAGACAUCUCCUCUAGAAGUAGCCGAGCAGUAUUCUGAGAAACUGGCCUACAUGCCCAACACUUUCUUCAUUGGAGACCAUGCCAACAUGUUCCCUCACCUAAAGAAAAAGGCAGUGAUUGAUUUCAAGUCAAAUGGACACAUCUUUGACAACCGCAUUGUUCUUAAUGGUAUUGAUCUGAAGGCCUUCUUGGACAGUCUGCCAGAUGUGAAAGUGAUAAAGAUGAAGUGUGACAACAACCAGGAAGCUACUGGGGACUCCAACGGAGCCCUGUCCAUGCCUGUGAUCCCAAUGAACACAGCAGCUGAAGCAAUCAUUAACAUGAUCAACCAAGGCCAAAUACAGGUCACAAUCAAUGGCUUCACUGUCAGCAAUGGCCUGGCCACCACACAGAUCAACAACAAAGCAGCCACUGGAGAGGAGGUGCCACGGACUAUUGUGGUGACAACGCGCUCCCAGUAUGGUCUGCCGGAGGACUCCAUUGUCUAUUGUAACUUCAACCAACUCUACAAAAUUGACCCCCCUACUCUUCAGAUGUGGGCCAACAUUCUGAAGCGUGUGCCCAACAGUGUGUUGUGGCUUCUUCGUUUCCCUGCUGUGGGUGAACCAAACAUCCAGCAGUAUGCUCAGAACAUGGGUUUGCCUGGCUCUCGCAUCAUCUUCUCUCCUGUGGCCCCUAAGGAGGAGCAUGUUAGGAGGGGCCAGCUGGCUGAUGUGUGCCUGGACACCCCUCUAUGCAACGGUCACACUACAGGCAUGGACGUGCUCUGGGCUGGAACACCCAUGGUCACCAUGCCAGGUGAGACCCUUGCCUCCCGCGUGGCCGCCUCGCAGCUUAGCUGUCUGGGCUGCCCUGAGCUGAUAGCCCAGAGUCGCCAGGACUAUGAGGACAUUGCAGUCAAACUGGGCUCUGACAUGGAAUACCUGAAGAUGGUGAGGGCGCGUGUUUGGAAGCAGCGGAUCUGCAGCCCUCUUUUCAACACCAAGCAGUACACAAUGGACUUGGAGAGGCUCUAUCUGCAGAUGUGGGAUCACCAUAGCAAUGGCAGCAAGCCAGAGCACCUGGUCCAAAUCAUAGAGGCCAGUGACAAUGCCUGAACACAAAGCACGCAAAGUUAUCCCCCCUUCUACCCAAACCACAUCCAGUCAUCCUCGUUUGUUUUUUUAUUUUAAACCAUUUUCUGCACCAGUCUGGAAUGAUCAGUUUUCUCACCAGCCCUCUCCCCAAAUGAUCAUCUACAUCACUCCCAUUUAAUGGAACUCUUUGUAUGUGAAGGAGCCAACAGAUGUACACAUUUGUCCCACCACUCUCUCUAGUGCAGCAUGCACUUGCAUUUCAUGAGCCUAAGAUAGAGCUCAAGUCUUUCAGGCUGAUCAUCUGAGAUUCUUGUUCUUCAACAGUAUAAUUGGGGAGCAUGAGAGGAUUGUGAAUACCCUGCUUACCCCUUCACUUUUUGGAUUGUGGGUUUCUUUGUUUUCUCUCAUCAGUGUGCAUAUGAGACUUGCAGCAGCUUUUGGAGAGAAUGCCCAGUCACUACUUGUUGAUCUAUUUAUAAAUGGAUUAAGAGUGUUGUUUUAAAAGGACAAUGUUGCACCUUGAAAAUUGUAUCUGACUUUGAGUUUCAUCAGCUUUAACAUGCAAAUGUAAAACAUAGGUUGCAACAGCUCUUUAGUUUGUCUUAAGCUGUCAUUAAAUUACUGCAAUGAUUAGAUGUGCAAAUUCUGAGGAAGAUGGUCUAAAUCCCCUUCACCAAAUGCCAACUUUUAUGGAUUGUGUUGUCAAUCAAGGAAAAUGUACAGUAUCUGUCGUCCUGUUCGAUGUCACUCUAAGCUUGUAAAAAUGAUUGGACAGAGCUGGACAAAGAAGCUUCAGUUGUUGGAAAGGGCCUAUAUUUCAGUUUAGAUGUCAGAGCUGUUCACGAAAAUGAAUCUUGUUUUUUAAUCACCCUAACCGGGAACGGCGUAGGUAAGUAUUUUCUAUGCGUUUUUCUUUUUGUAUUGUCCUUUAACUGUAUGCUGUCAAUGAUGCCACAGGGCUCCAGAUAUUAUAAAUAAUAAAGAGAUGGCAAAACUCUG